GCCCGGAAUAUUUUCAGCAGGCGGCACAAAUAUCAUGUGGGCCGCCGAAUAACUGCGGAACGGCGCCGUUUAGUUACUUCAAAGACCACUUCAAACACGAAAGCAGUACGGUGCGCUUACACGUGCUCCGUCAGAGAGGUGACACCUGGCCGACCUUACGGAUGGCGCCUCCAAAUCUCGUUGCUCUGUUUAACCACGACAACUGAUUGCCGCAAGAAGAUGAGCAUAUAGUUUCUGCAAAUCAGAACCUCCCUUUCGUCCGCCGAAUCUAAUCCACGGCCAUCGGAACCAAGAGAUUUGGAGAGGGGGAGAAAGAGGGAGAGAGAGGAUUUCCUAGGAACCCUAGAUGCUUAAACCCACUGAAUUGUGGAGAUGGCACAAGCACAGAAGGCCAAUGAAAGUCCAAGAACUCCCAGCUGUGAUGCUUAUUUCGAGACCGUUCAAUCCAGAAAGAAAGUGCCAUUUUCAAUACAAGAGAGUUUAACAGGUGCAUUUGCAAGGAUUCCAGUUUCAUCCUUCCCAGAAGUUCCUGGUGGCAAAGUGAUCGAAAUUUCAGCAGACUCAUCUGUCGCUGAUGCAGUCAAAGUCCUAUCCGAAUGCAACAUCAUGUCUGCUCCAGUGAAAAACCCAGAUAAAGAAAAUAGUUAUGAUUGGAGGGAAAGGUACCUGGGAAUCAUAGAUUAUGCUGGCAUCAUUCUUUGGGUGCUGGAGAGUGCAGAAGUUGCAGCUGUUGCUCUAUCAGCUGGUUCUGCAACGGCUGCCGGAGUUGGUGCGGGUGCAGUUGGCGCUCUUGGAGCAUUAGCAUUGGGUGCAACGGGUCCUGCCGCAAUAGCUGGACUCACUGUUGCUGCAGUUGGUGCUGCUGUGGCUGGUGGUGCGGCUGCAGAAAAGGGGGUGGGAAAAGAUGCUACCACAGCUGCCAGUCAUUUGGGUGAUGAUUUUUACAAAGUUAUCCUUCAAGAAGAACCUUUUAAGUCCACCAAGGUGAAGUCAAUACUUAAAUCCUUCCGUUGGGCUCCUUUUCUUCCGGCUUCAACUGAUAGUUCUAUGUUGAGUGUGUUGUUGCUGCUCUCAAAAUACAGGCUGAGGAAUGUUCCAGUGAUUGAAUCAGGAAAGCCUUUUAUAACAAAUUUCAUUACUCAAUCUGCUGUUAUUCAGGGGCUUGAAGGAUGCAAGGGUAGGGAUUGGUUCGAUUGCAUUGCUGCAUAUCCAAUCUCUGAUAUGGGACUCCCUUUCAUGUCUUCUAAUCAGGUUAUCAGCAUCCAGAGUGAUGAAAUGAUUCUGGAAGCUUUCAAGCGAAUGAGAGAUAACCAAAUUGGAGGCCUUCCGGUUAUAGAGGGGCCUAAGAAGAAGAUUGUUGGGAACGUAAGCAUAAGAGACAUCAGACACCUGUUGCUGAAGCCUGAUCUUUUCUCCAAUUUCAGGCAGCUAACUGUUACAGAUUUCAUGAACACUGUGGCCUCCACCCAAGAAACUGGAAAAGUUGUUCCACCCAUAACAUGCAAGCUUGAUUCAACUCUUGGCAGUGUGAUCCACAGCCUUGCUUCCAAUUCAGUCCAUAGAAUUUAUGUCACAGGCGAUGACAAUGAAGUUGCUGGAGUGAUUACUCUCAGAGAUGUGAUUUCUUGCUUCAUUUUUGAACCACCUAACCAUUUUGAUAACUAUUUUGGCUUUGCAGUGAAAGAAAUGUUGAACCAGUGAUGCUUGUCAUUAAAAUAGAUAUGUACCUCAUGAGAGGCAGAGGUGUAAUUAAAUCUGGCUCCAGACCAGAGAACAAUCAAGUAGUUAUUCUAUUA